UCUCCGCAAGCAGCAGCAGCAUGCGAAAUUUGUAUCUUGUCCACCGCCACCACCGCGUCGUACGACUGCUUCGUGAUAAUACGUAGAAUACUAUUAUUACUGCUAUUAUUAUUAUUAUUAUUAUUAAUAUUGUGUUUUCCUCCGUUCCGUGUUGUCAAUCGGUUCAGCUCCACUCGCGGCGCGCGUACUGUUCAAUAUCAAUUAUUCCGCUGUCGUUUCGUCGUUCGGUCUCGCGGUCCGCUGCACCACGUCCGAUACUGUUGCAUCGUUCCGCACGGUCGGCCGUUCAUUUGUUCUUCCGAUUUCGGUUUCUGGCGACCGUCACCGGUUGUCGUUUGUUGCCGCGUGUGACGCAAUCCGUUCGUACCGAAUCAUUGUUUUCAUAAAUCCGCUGCAGUAACCCGGUUCCUUCCUUCUUCCAUUUUUCGCGCGCCCGGUCCGCGAACCCAUCACGCCACCAGCACGCCGCGAUGUCAUUGAACACUGCGCACGUCCAAGGCGGCGGAUGCCUGAUACACGCAGGCGAAUGUAUUAUUUUGUUUACGGAUGCUGUUACUAUUGACUUUCAUGGACAAGAUGGCAGAGCAUUUCAUGGUUCAAAAGUGGGAAAACUUUUUUUAACUACUCAUCGUUUGAUUUUUAUCAACAAAUCGGAUAAAGAUGACCUCUUAUCAUUUAGCAUGCCUUUUGUUACUCUCAAAGAUGUGGAAUUGGAACAACCGGUCUUUGGUUCAAAUUAUAUAAAAGGUAAAAUACGUGCUCAACCUAAUGGGAACUGGGUAGGUGAAGCAAAAUUCAAAUUGAUUUUCAAGAAAGGAGGUGCUAUUGAUUUUGGGCAAGCCAUGUUAAGAGCUGCAUCGAUGGCUAAUAGCAACUUUCCUCAAAUGGAUAAUCCUCCACCAUAUGCUCCACCUGAAGGUCCAUAUUAUAUGGCUGAUGUUCCAUAUGGUGUACCACCUCCUGGCUAUUAUGGAUGGAUGCCUUCAACUGCAGCUUUCCCAGAUGCACCACCUCCUCAAUCUGUGUACAGAACAGAUAUGCCUCCACCAUAUCCAGGUAUUAUUGGCUUUACAGGCAAUCCUGGAUAUGCAAGUGCUCCACCUGCACAAACGGCUCCACCUCCACAACAUUUUAAUGGACAAGAUACCAAAGCAGCAGAUGCAGCACAAAGUGCAUACUUUGAUCCUAACCGACCACAAAUGGCCUAUGUUCCACCACCAUCAUACUACGAACUUCCUCCGCCUUAUAAAGAAGCUGAAAAUAAGAAGAAUGAUUAAAGAUUCAUUACUCAACAAUGUUAAAGUCUACAUUCCAUUCGUUUUAUAUAAUUUUAUUGUUUUUAAAUGCUCUUGAAAUAUGCGAGGAUUUUUAAUAAUGCGAUUGUAUUGCAUGAUUUCAACAGUAUAUUUAUCUUAGUCAAUAUGGGGAUAAUUACCAUCACAUUUAAUCAUACCUUAGAAAUCGCUCAUAAAUUGUUUUUUUUUUCAUUGAGUCUCGAUAAGAUAAGUAAAUAAACAUCAAGAAGUAUAGUAAAAAGUA